AUGGCCGGCCCUGAAAAACAUAUUGAAAUAGUGGUCCAGCAGCUUAACAAAUUUAAUCCUGAAAAUGAGAGCACAGAGCAUCUCUUGGAUGAGUCAGCUAAGGUUUUACAGACCCUUAAUGUGACAGAUGGAGCAUUUGUGUUGGAGACUCUAGCUGGAUGUAUUGAAUAUAAACCUUUAUUGGACAUAGUAGUCAAUGCAUUUUUUGUUCGGGAUGGGAAGCAUUGCCUGUUUUCUGAGCGCAAUCUCUAUGUGGUUAUUUGCUAUAUGGCCACUUUUCAACUGGAGGAGCUUGGUCUUCAGCAAUUCAGCAGAAUUGUCAAAUCUCUGGACAUUGCUAAAAUGCAUAAGUUUCUUAGAUUCUUCUUCAAUGUCUUGAAUUUGAGUACAUGGAUAAAAGAUGAAUGGAGUCAGAUAUAUGAUUCUCUUUAUGUAAAAGAAAACUGGAUUGAUCCAUUACUAGGAUGGCAGCCAAAAAUAGAACAACUGAUCAAGCAACUUGCUGACAAAUUAGCUAAUCGUGUUACCACUGUAAAGACUUCGACGGUCACAAAGCCAAAGGAAUUUGAUUUGACCACCCCUAAGCCACGAGCCAUACCAAUACCUGAGCCAAUACCGUUACAGGAGAAGCAUCAACCUGUUCCUCAGAGCACCUACAAACCUCCAAAGGAAAAACAGCACCUGCAGGAAAUCAAGUAUAGAAAUCGCCGAAGAGCAGAGGAACUGCUGCUGGAAGCAAAUGUUAGCCAGUUCAGGUGUGCAACGAUAAAGCCUGAGAACAAAGCCCCGAGAGAUUAUAUAUCAGGCAUUAUGAAGAAUAAAACGAAGUUCCAGGCUCAAAAGAUCCAGGGCAAGAUUGACAAUGUACCUAUUAAAUUAAAUGCAGCAGCGAUCUUAAGAGAAGGUGCCCUCUACCAGCGAAAAAUGGAACAAGAACUCAACAGACUUGAAAGUUUGCUACGAGGUGCUCAUGACCCAUCUGAAUUCCUGGAAUGGCAAAAACAGAUGCGUGAAAAAGAUUUGGAACAACAACUGGCUGAGAUAGAGUGUAGGAGGCUACAAGGGAAACUGAGUCACGAGGAGGCAGUUCUAGCACGUCACAAUGUAAUUCAGGAAAACAAGAAGAAAGCUGAACUAAAGAGAGAAGAGACAGCAGAAUUGAUGCGCCAGUAUGCAGAGAAACGUCUUGAGGAAGAGAAGGAAAUGAGAGAGUUGGUGGAGCAGGUAGUGGAAGGACAUAAAAAUGUGAAGCAAGCACGAAUGAAGCUCCAGAAGUACAAACGGCAAAUAGUUCAGGAAGUGUCUGAAGAGAGCCGAGAACUUCUUCGUCGAGCUCUGGAAGAAGAGGAGGAGAAGCUUAGGAAAAGAUAUGAAUUGAUUCAACAGAUAAGAGCUAUAGAAUCUCUGCCAUUCUUUAGGAACAAGUUUGUUGACUUAACCCAGACUGCUGGCUAUGGCUUCAGUGGUGAAAUGUCAAUAGUGGAACUGCGUGAACGCCUAGCUUUACUGAAAGAAGCACAGAAGAAGGCAGAAGAAGAGAAGAGAGACCAGAUAAUACAUGAAAAACAAGCCAAGGAACAACUUCUUCUAGACAAACUGGAGCAGAUUUCCCUGUUCAGAGCAGCACUUGGAAGAGCAGCUGCAUUGAAGCAGGAAGAGAAGAAAAUAAAGUCCCAGUUAACUGAAGGACCUGUGAAAAAUGAACGUGUUUUAGAUCUACAGAAAAAGAUUACGGAGAAAACUAUGGAGCGUAAAAAGCAAGCUGAAAUCUUAAAGAUUACACCCCAGAAAGAUGGUGCAGGGCCAGGGAGAUCUUGGGAGUCAUAUGAAAACUCUCUGCAAGAGCCCCACUGGAAAGAGUUGGAAGAGAGUCGGGAACAACAGUUCAAGAUGCUUCAGAAUGGCUUAAUGUCCAGAGAAACAGCUCAGAAAAUGACUGCAUAUCAGGCUGCAAGAAUUGGAGCCACUUCUUGUAUAUUGAGAUAA